AUGCUUUGUCUUUCACAGAACCCAACUGACGAACCAAAACAAUCUGAAGCCUGUCGAUGUAAUACACCGACCACCGUAAGACGGUCAUCACAACCACAACAAGGCCCAGAACAAACCUUAAAAGAUAAUACAGCAGAAACCUCAAAAGAGAGUACAGCAGCCAAGUGGCUUAAUACCAGCGUAAAACCGGACAAUAUUCCCUACGAAAAACCACCCGAGUCAGCUAUUAAUAAUCUUGAACUUUUUGAUAAAAUCUGUGGCUCAAUGAUCGGACUGGCCAUUGGUGAUGCCAUGGGUGCUCAUGUUGAAUUUCGUCCUCGAGCUUUUUUGGAACAAAACCCGGUGAAUGAUCUAAAUGGCGGAGGGACCUGGAGUCUAGAAGCUGGUCAAUGGACGGAUGAUACAUCCAUGGCUCUUUGCCUCGCGGCUAGUCUUAUCGUUAAGAAAGGUUUUAAUGCGUACGAUCAACUCGUCCGAUAUAAAUGGUGGUGGAGACAAGGUUACAUGUCAUCAACUGGUAAAUGUUUUGACAUUGGGAAAUCAACAAAAGCAUCCCUCGAUCUAUUUGUUAGCAGACAACAUAAAUUUCAAGAACAACACAAGAUAGGCGACUUUAAACAACUUGAUUCAUUAUCUGAUGAGUUAUCAAAACAAUUCGAUACAAAUUGUAGUAAUAAAAAUGUUGAUAGUAACGGUGCACUAAUGAGACUCACCCCCGUCGUUCUGUUCUAUUGUCAGUCAGAAUCGGGGACAUACGCCAUUCAUUUUGCUGGUGAAAGUGCUCGAAUCACUCACGGUGGAGAAAAAGCAGUAGAUGCCUGUCGUUACUACGCCUCCUUAAUCUAUGCUGUUAUUAAAGGUCGGUCCAAGGCAGAGAUACUAGAUCCACUAUUCUACAAACGUCAUUUUGACAUGGGUUGGUUUAGCGAUAAACAAUUACAUCCAGACAUCGCACGUGUUGCUGAGGGAUCCUAUCGACAGAAAGACAGAAAUGAAAUAAAAGCGGGUUCCAUGGCCGAAGAAGCACUUGAAGCAGCACUGUGGGCUUUCUAUAAUGAUGACGAUUCUUUUCGUGUUGGUGUCCUUAAAUGUGUGAAUUUAGGUGAUGAUACAGACACUGUGGCAGCCAUAUACGGUCAGUUAGCUGGAGCUUAUUAUGGAGCGGGUCAACUUCCUAUGAAAUGGAUACAACAAAUAUACGCUAAAAACUUUAUUACCUGUAUAGGAGAUUGGCUUUGUUAUGAGGGUGCUCAAUGGUGGCAAACCAAAAAAACGAAAUAG